ACUAAGAACAGAUACUAGUAGUCUUCAUUUGAAAUGCAUCUUUAUUCACCAAGAAAAACGACAUGAUGGCCAGCCCGGAGCCAGAGCCUUGGAAAGGGAAAAUUAUCCGCUACAAGAAACUAUCUUCUGUAGAUGGUGAGGAGAUUAGGAACGAGUCGAGCAGCUCCGAAGAAGACCUGAAAACGAGGAUCAAAAAGUUGGCAGAAAAUGGGACCGGAACAGACAGGGAACGAGGUUAUUACGGAAGCGGAACUGACGGGGAACGAGAGAAUGCCGGGAGCGCUGAGAGAUUAGCUCUUGAUGCGGCGAGCGUGGCGGUGGACACCUGGGAGCGAGGGGCCAUGCCCAAAUCUCCGGACCAAUGGUCGUCUGCGCGCUCCUCAUUGGUCUGGGAUGACGACGAGCCGGAAAAGUCGUCAGAGACGGACCAGCGGGUAGUCACUGAGAACGGGUACCACCUAGCGGACGUGCGCCUCCCUGCACCCCCGGUACACAGGAAAACAUACAACAAGCCGAUAGAACUGUUGGAGGGGAGCAGCAGCUCUAGUAGCAGCCUGACCCCUCCGUAUCACACCCCUGCACGCGUCGAACCGAACUCCAAGCGGACCGCUGGGCCAGUCAAAAUCGGACUGCCCGAGGAACGCUUGAGCGCCAAAUGUACCGAAAGAGUAGCCAAUGGUGAGUAUCUCCAGGAACAUGUGGAUCAUUUCUGGCCCGAGGGACUCUCUAACCAUGGGGAACGGGUGAGUAUCGAAAUGCCUGAUGAAGUAGUGAUUUCUAGCCAUCCCAAGGAGCUGAUUGGGACUGAAAUGCCAGAUGAAGUCGGUAUCGCCGAGCGGCUCAGCAAGGACAGAGCCAAGCCAGGAAGGCCCGGGGAACGAGACGGUAGUAGCCAUGAAGUUCCCGGGGCACGAGUCAUUAAUGAUGAGCCAAAGGAAAUAAUCAUGGAGGAACCUACCAGUGCUGGAAGUCCCGGGGUACGGUUCACCUCUACACCAACCGGAAGUGGAGAUACGGAACCAAUCAGCAUUUCUAACGUCAUCGCAGACUUCCAAGAGGUCAUCAAUGAGAUACCAGUAACAGAAACGCCACUAUCUAGCGGUUCUAGCCAGGCGCUCUCUCCGCUGCGAUGGGACACCCACCUGCCGAGCGCCGCGCGGACCGGAGACCCGCUUGGGUACGACAUCUACGCCCGCAGCAUCGCCGAGAUCGUCACGGACGAGAUGACCGAGAUGCCGCUCACGGUGGGCAUAUACGGCGGAUGGGGCAUGGGCAAGACGUAUCUGCUCGGCAAGAUGAAAGAGAUGGUGGACGAAAUCAUCGGGAAGAAGAGACGGGAACACGAAAGGUACGUGGAAGGAGAGGUGGACGGCCUUGAACAGAACAAGAGCCGCGAACAGAAAACCAGGUUCCCGACCGCCCUGUUCUCCGUCCUGCUGGCCCUGUUCCUGCUGAGUUUGGCAGCGACGGUCGCCUGCGCCUUCCACUUCGACCGUGUGUGGGUCGUGUUCCUCGUCGGCACGGUGACGGCGUUUAUCUUGUUGGUGGCUACAUUGCUGUACGGGUUCAGGAGGCAGAUCCUAGGAUUCUGUACAGAGAGAGUCUCCCUCCUGCAGAAGUCUAACCCCAUGCACUGGAUGGUCGGUAUCUACUUGGAAUGGGUGAAGCCGCCGAACAUGGAAGAAAAACCACAGCACAACAACCUACAGUAUGAGGUGAUUUGGGUUCACUUCAACGCCUGGGAGUUCUCCGGCUGCAAGGUAUUGUGGGCCGGCAUCGUCACCACUCUGUGUGACGCCAUCGAGGGAAAGGUCGGAAGCAGGCCAACAAGGUUCUUCCGGGUCAUCCAGGGUCAGUUGAAUGGAGGCAAGAAAAAGGCCCUGUUCAGACGAGCGUGGUUUAAACUCCUACUGUCCGCUGUGGGUGUCGUCAUCCUGGUAGUGAUCGUCCUGAUUCUCGUGUUCUCCGGAGGCGCGGCAGAGCUGGACAAGUUCAUGCAGGGCCCGCAGAUCAAAGCCAUCAUCGGCAGCAUCACCGGCUUCCUCGGUCUCGGGAUCGUCGUGCAUCUUAGAAAGGGAGUCGACAUGGUCAAGAACAUGGCCAAGUCCCAGAAGGAGAAGCUGGACGCGCAGAUGAAGAAGCCGGACUUCGCAGAGCAACUGGGGUUCAUGUCUGAGGUGAAGUCGGAGGUUCAGACAGUGACGUCACUCCUGAGGUUCCUGGAACGCGUGAUGGGAAUCCAAUACCGCGUCAUCAUCGUGGUGGAUGACCUGGACUGUUGCCCUGGCGACCGCGUGGUGGGCGUGUUGGAGGCCAUGAACAUCCUGCUGUCUGAUGAGGAGAGCAACAUCAUCUCCAUCGUGGCCAUGGACCCGAAGAUCAUCGUGAACUGUCUGGAGAGCCGUCUGACGGACACCAUCACGAACAACUCCAGCGGGUACGAGUAUCUGAAGAGGAUUGUCCAGUUCCCGGUGUGCCUGCCUGAGCCGAGCGUGGCCGACAGACGAAAGUUGCUCUACACGGUUGUGGAAGGCAAGAGUGGCAUCCUUGUCCGAAAGUUCGUGUCUGUCAAGACCGGCCGAAUCUCCUUCAAGGCAGGUACCAAGGCACGCCAGAUACUGCUGAAGGAUUCCCUGGGACAGACUUCAACCAAGGGCAGACCUUCGCUGUGGACGGCUCUGCCGGAUGCACCCUUUGGUCUUGAAAACCAAGAUGGCAGCCACCAAGGCGUUUGGAAACAAGAUGGCGGUAACAAGGACGUUCCAAACCAAUAUGGCGACACCCAGGAGGGUCCCACCGCUCCACUGUUAUCGACAACACAGCAAUUAGAUGAAGUAGACGCGGCAGAGAGAAUGUUUAAGGCAGCGCUUGAGACACAGGUUAGCACUCACGAAGUCCUGAACAACUUCAGGCAAGACGUCGUGUCUGAAAGUAAUAAAGACUAUUUAGGUGACGUCAUACAGGCAUUGGAUGACGACGAUGGCAACGCAGACAAUGACAUCAUGCCGUAUAUCCAUGGCAACGCUCUCCACAUCACUAGCUUGUACCACAUACUGCGCAUGACUGUGAAGGUUCUCAGGCACAGGCAGCUGCUGCAGUGCAUCACGCCUCGUCAGGUGGCGUCUUGGGUAAUUUUGGUGGAGCAGUGGCCCUACCGGAUAAGCUGGGUACUGCAGUACGUCGAGGAUUGUCAGCAAAAGGACCGAAUAAGGCGACGUUGCCAUCAGGCAGCCGGACGGGAUGGGCAGAGCUCUAGAUUGUGUGAAGAGGGGAAGGAUGAGAUUAGCAAUGACACCGCACUGGAUUACGUGUUCGACAAGGUGAAACCGGAAAUGGCGCAGGUGGACCCGGAGGGUUUCCGGCGACUCAACAACCUUGACGGAGACCCGGAGAUGUUCGAAUUGCUGCUGACUGAGUCCAAGUUUACCGUGAAGGACCUGAUGAACCUGCUCCCCUGCACCAUCAACUUGGACUAUUCCAUCCAGCGGAGGAUCGCAACAGCCAGAGAACUCUUCGUGCAGUAAUGACAGGAUCCGCUAGGGGUCUCCCUUUUGCUGCAAAAGGAGUGUGGUCUCAAAGACCGGUCGUACUGAGCAUGUGUUGGAAUCAAAUGAUUUUGUGGUGAUUCCUCUUUUAUACAUUCACAGUCAGUUCUGAAUUACAGAUAAAUGUUAUUUCAUCAAUUCAUUUCAUAAUACACCAGAGUUUUCAUAUACGCUGUGUUUACACAAGCUCUCGCUGGCUGGAUUUGCGGCGGCCAUUGUAGGGCCGACCGCUAGGGGAGCGAUUUUAGUCAGGCUAGGUCUUCAUAUAUACAGUAAGGAUGGGCUCCGCAAGAGGUCUCUCUUAAAGUGUACUUCUUCGAAGUAAAAUGACGGAUACGUUCCUGAAGGCAAGACAUCCAGCCAGACAAUAUUCAAGCAUAAUUUUGGCGGAUGCAGUUCCCUCUUAGUCUUAUUAUUUUGUUCCAAAACAUUUUCUGUACAUUCUUUAUCGUGAGAUAAGGUGACAAUUGGCCACUAGUUGUUCUUGAACGUCUUUAUUAUUACCCAAGUUGUAAUGAUACAUUUUAUUUUCAGUUACAUUUUAGCAAUUUCAUAUCUUGCAAUUGCCAAAGGUGGUUAGGACGAACAUAUCUGUUGAAGCCAAAGAAACAAACAUUCUAAAAACAACAGACUUAAAGAAAUAGUUGUUUAAAGACAUGUAAAGGUUAUUAUACUCAUACCUAGUGCAUAACCAAGAAUCUAUUGUGUUCUGAACGAUGUUGGCGCUCACGUGACUGUGAUGUAAGCAUUGUCCGCCAUGCUGGGCGAUUAAACCCGGAGGUAGAUUUAGAUGUGCCCUAGCUAAUCGGUACGGUGUUUGGUCCAGAACCCAUAUAUCCCGGGUUUGAGUCCCAUGACAUGCUCCAACACUGAGCAAUUAAAAAGGAACUUUUCACGAAUGUCCUUGUUAUCAGCUGAAAAUGAAUGCAUAGCUUCGGUUGGGGACAUCCUUCAGAUAAGAAGUUAAAUGGAGGUCCCGUGUUUGAGGAGAGGCACACCUCGGGCGCGUUGCUUAAAGGCAACCUAAGCAAUAUUACAGCGUCAAAAUGGAAUUGUUCUGAAUAUGGCAAUCUGUAUGAUAUUGACAUCUACUGCACUGUAUUCUCACAUUUACAUCUUUAUUUCAUACUUUGAGCGGUUAAAAACGGCCCAGAGACAAGAUAUUCCUUAUUAUUGUACCCCCCAAAAAUAAGGACUUGAUCUGGAAUCCUUGUGCAACUUCUUCCCGCGACAUUUUUAACAGCUCAAUUUAUGAAAUAAUGAUGUAAAUGUGCUAAAAUAGUGCAUUAGAUGUCAAUAUCAUACAGACUGCCUUAUUCAGAAUAUUUCCACUUUUAACAAUGUAAUAUUGCUUAGGUUGCCUUUAAGAACCAAACACAGUUAUCGAAAGGAGUAACGGUGCUCCUCGCAGGAUCGGUGCGAGUGGAUCAAAUAAAUCUGUUAGGAUAUGCAGCUUGUGGCGUUUAGUUCAAGCCUGGUUUGUUGUGGCAUGAGCCGGUUUAUGCAUCACAAAUAAAACAAAAAAGAAAAGACACGUAAAUGCAACAUAAAUGCAAAUUGUACAAUCCUCUGGGUUUAACCAGCCAAAAUAGCGGCUGUGACGCCAUGUAGGAACAUCCAAUGUGCCAUGAUAAUUUGCCAACAUUUAUAUGAAAUAAAAACUGGAUAAAAGAAUAA